UGUUCAUUUAUAUUGUUGAUAUUACAUUGUACGUUGUAGUCCAUAGAAAAAUUUGUAGUCAUGGAAAAUGGGAAAAAACGAGUGAGAUCAUCAAAUUUUUCAGAGCAGGAUAAAGUGUUACUAAUUAGUAUAAUUAGUAAUUACAAAAACAUCAUCGAAAAUAAAUGUACCAACCUGGUGACAACCAAAGCAAAAAAUAUAGCAUGGCAAAAGAUUUGCGACACUUUUAAUGCUGCUUCAGGUAGAGGAAGAAGUGUGCAGUCUUUACAAAUUUUUUAUAAAAACAAAAAAAAAGAUGUACGACAGAAAGUGGCAGACGAAAAAUGUAGCACUAAAAAAACAGGUGGAGGACCAUCAAAAGUAUUUCAAAGAGACCAGACGGAGGAACUAGUGCAUUCCUUAAUGAAUAUUAAAAGCAUUUAUGGAUUACCAUGUUCGCAUGAUUCAGAUGCAAUAUCAUCAUCUCUUGAAGCUAAUAAAAAUAAAAGGUUAGAAAUAGCCGACUUUCAAAAGAAAGGUUUAGAAAAUCUUAAUAAGGAGCACGAAAAAAGGAUGAUAUUGUUAGAUUUAAAGAUUCAGAAUGAACAGAAGAGAUUGAAAACUAAUGCCAACAAUGAACAAUAUUUAGAUUCAUCUGAUGACGAAUAA